AUGGACCACGACACGAUCCCCACAAGGGUGAUCAUGAUAGGGAUAGGCGGCGCGACGUCGUCCGGAAAGACGACUUUGGCCAAGCAUCUUCGAAAUUGUCUCCCUGGCAGUUUCAUUGUUCACCAGGACGACUUUGUCCCGCCUGCAGAAAAGCUUCCUGUGGAUCCAGAGUUUGGGUUCGCGAAUUGGGAUGAUGCACCUGGUGCUAUUGAGUGGGAUCGUAUGGCGAGCUUCAUUUCUGACCUGAAAAAGAGUGGUGAACUGCCGUCUGGACAUCGGUCUGUUGAUGAAUUCAAUGAGACCUCUCCGGUAAAUGUGGAAGAGAGCGUCAUUGCUGCGUGGAGGGCGCGGAGUGAACAGAUGGCCAAGGAACAUUUGGACAAGUAUGGAGAGCGGUUGCGGAUUGUUUCGAAUCUUGACGUCAAGGUGUUCAUCAGGGUUUCUGAAGGUGUGGCUAGGGAGAGACGCGAGUCCAGGUCUUAUUAUACACCUGGUGGGUACUAUUAUUUUGGGGUGAUAGGGGAUUGCAGCUCAAGAGUCUAUUCAGAGGGGGAGGUUUGGAAAGACCCGCCUCAGUACUGGGAAAAGAUUGUUUGGCCUGCUUAUAUUCGAGCUCAUGAACAUCUGUUUGAAGAGGGGGAUGUAGAAUCAGGAAAGGUGAAGGAAGGGUAUAUUCUACUUGAAGGAGAUAUGGAGGAUAUGGUUAGAGCAGUAAUGGUAGCGCUUAAGAUCUAA